AUGAGCGACACAUCAAGCCCUAAAAGCAGUUUAACUGGGUCCAAAGAUUUCAGUAGUGGACGCUCGGCUCAAGCAAGCUCGUCUUCGGUUGGAGUAGACUCGUCCGAUAGAGAUCAAGAGGAGGUUCGCGUUACUGCACCUCGUUUCGAGCAAUGGUACGACACGUGGGACUCGUUCCGCGCUAGUUUGGUCGAGUAUCAAAUGCGAACGUCUCAGUUCUCGAGGGGAAAAGGCCAUCGAUCUGGAUAUCAACCACUAGGCACAAGCUGCGAGGUUAUUCUAUGUGCGACGGUUAUGCGCUUCCCCGAAAUGCACACCUUUCGUUUUUGUGUGACAAAGCACAAGAGAAACCACAAUCAUAAACUCAGCAAGAAAAUCUUCGAGAACUACCCGUCCAGCAGAAAGGUGACCGACCCGGACGUCCUGGAUCUGGUUGAAGAACUCAUCAAAGUUGGGGACAAGCCAAAGAAGAUCCUGAAGUACCUCCAGGAGACGACAGGAAAGCGCAUUAUAUUGCGUGACGUCCACAACUUAGUGCAACGUAUCAAGGCUAAGUGCCGUGGGUCCGGGACUGUGGAGGAUCGUUUAGAGGCUGUUCUCCGCAAGUUUUGUAGUAACCGGGGAAAUACUGCUACCGUUCUAAUAGACGAUGCCAAGAGGACGCAAACCAUCACGAUUCAAACUUGA